ACGGGAAAUACCGUCCGAAUUCGAAAGACAAUGCUUGUGAUUCUGAGCUUUCUUUGCUUCUCUCAAUGGAACCCGCGGAUCUAUGUUAGGGUUUGUAACUCUGGUUUGAAUCUUAUGGUUUUGUUUAUGGUUUCUGGGAUUCUGUGUUUGUCCGUUACUUCUACUCAACUCCCUGAUCUUCUCUGAAUGCUUUGUUUACGUUUUAAUGGUGAAUGGUGGCUUGGAACCGACAUUGGGGUUCUAAGUUCUAACAGCAAAAUUUGUAGUUCAGUUACUUGUAGUAGUGUUAAUUAGGAAACUGCUUGCCUGCUGUUUCUUUCGGAUCUUUAUUGGUGUUACUGUUCUUUGAGACGAUUCUCUUUUGGAUCGGUGUAUUUUGUAUCUAACAAUGUAUUCUGGAUCUUCGGGAUUUCAUUUUCGCUCGGAUUCUCUGGAUGCGUGGUUCUUGUUUCUUACCUACUCUUUCUAAUCUCGUCACCGACGAGAUUGCAUUCAUAUUCACUGCUUGUUGCUUUUCAAAAUCUCUAAGCAAUCACAGAAAUCUCGCCUUUUCUGAAUUCAAAUUCGAAGCAUCUUAACUGUUCCCCUAUUAUCUCUUUGGAUGCCGAACUUCCUGGGAGUCGAUCUGCGACAUAUUGGUUCAAGAUCUGUCCAGCCAAUGCUAGGUUUCAUUUAGCAUUGCCCCCCAAUCGGUCCGUCGCGAUGAAGCGCACGGUCCGUCCAGUGUUCAGCGUGCUGCUGUUCCUUACCUUUGCCGUCACUCUCAUCUGCCGCCUCAUCUUCCGCCGCGGCCUCAGUUUCUUUGAGAUGGAAACUAAUGUAAUCUCUCCAAGAUCUCCAGCAUUCAUGUUCAAUUCCACACUGCUGAAAUUUGCUUCGGUUGAUUUGGGAGAGGCUCAGUCGAAGCGAGAGAUAGAGCAGUUAUUGGAGGGGAAAUUUGGUGGUCCGAGGACGUACAAGACUUUCGCUACUUGGCGAAGAUUCAAUCACUAUGACAUGAAAGCGAGGCCCUCGAAUAGCUUUCCAGUGACAUUCCGCUCUCCAGCUUUCUACCGACAUUGGUUGGAUUUCAGGCGGGCAUUGAGUGGCUGGGUGAGAAGAAAAGGGUUUACGACGGAUAUAAUGCCAGAACUGGUAAGGCUUAUCAAAGCCCCACUGGACAGGCACAACGGGUUGGUGGGUUCAGAUCAACGGUAUUCAUCAUGUGCCGUCGUGGGAAACAGUGGAAUCCUAUUGAACAGUGAUUAUGGGAAGCUAAUUGACAGCCAUGAGAUUGUUAUUCGAUUGAACAAUGCAAAAACAAACAAGUAUGAGAGCAAAGUUGGGUCCAAAACCAGCGUUUCUUUCAUCAAUAGCAACAUCUUGCACCUUUGUGCCAGAAGAGAAGGGUGUUUUUGCCAUCCUUAUGGGCCAAACGUGCCGACAAUCAUGUACAUUUGUCAACCUGUACAUUUCAUGGACUACACUGUCUGCAACAGUUCCCAUAAAUCCCCGCUGCUGAUAACAGAUCCAAGUUUUGAUGCUCUGUGCUCUAGGAUUGUAAAGUAUUACUCAAUCAAACGCUUUGUGGAGGUGACAGGGAAAUCGUUGGAAGAAUGGAGCUCAGCCCACGAAGGCCCCUUAUUCCACUAUUCUUCUGGCAUGCAAGCCGUUAUGUUGGCCGUAGGAAUUUGUGACAAAGUAAGCAUAUUUGGGUUUGGGAAAUUGGCUUCAGCAAGGCACCAUUAUCACACAAACCAGAAGGCCGAACUGGGUUUACACGAUUAUGAGGCAGAGUAUGCUUUCUAUUACGAUUUGAUUGCUAGGCCACAGAGAAUACCUUUCUUGUCGGACAAGUUCAAGAUACCUCCUACGGUUUUAUAUCGAUGAUUUUGAUGUUAUUAGGUAACUUGCUUCAUUAUUUUUUGGUAUAUUUUCGUUAGGCUGGCCAAUGACUGGUCGGAAAGGAAAUUUUUUUUCUUAGUGCUUUUAGGCUAUCCUGUGUACAAUGCUUUACAACUUUGCACAUAAUAAGAUUUUUGAGCGAGCAUGAUUUGGAACUUA